GGGACAACACGCGCACACGCGCGCGAGCAUGAGGUCCCCCCGCGUGGACGCCGGUAUAAAACAGAAGCGCCAGGUUCACACAAAAGUCUCCACGUGAAGAGGAUUUGGUGAGCGAGUAGAGGAGAGGAGAGCGGAGAGCGGAGAGCAUCCAGAAAUGAAUCGAUUUACUAGAAACCACAUGACCUCCCCCAUGUACUUCCCCAGCAUGGGUACAGCCCCUUUCUUUAAGGUGACUGUGUUUGAGCGGGAGUACUUCCAGGGCAAGUGUCUGGAGUUCACCAACGAGUGCUGCAACAUCUAUGACUGCGGCCUGGACAACAUCCGCUCCAUCCGAGUGGAGAGUGGAGCUUGGGUGGGAUUCGAGCACCAUGACUUCCAGGGCCAGCAGUUCAUCCUGGAGAGGGGAGAGUACCCCAACUGGGACGCCCACAGCGGCUCCCUGUCCUACCACAACGAGUUCUUCAUGUCCUUUCGCCCCAUCUACUGUGCCUCUCACCAGAGCAGCCGUAUGAUGAUCUUUGAGAAGGAGAACUUCAUGGGCCGCAACACUGAGCUGUGCGACGACUACCCCUCCCUGCAGGCCAUGGGCUGGUUCAAGCCCGAGGUGGGCUCCAUGCACGUGCAGUGUGGAGCCUUCGUGUGCUAUGAGUACCCUGGCUACAGAGGCCAGCAGUACAUCAUGGAGUGCGAGAGACACAGCGGAGACUACCAGCACUGGAGGAACUGGGGCUCCCACUGUCAGACUCCAAAGAUCCAGUCCAUCAGACGCAUCAGGCACUGAGAAGGAACGGAUCAGGACAGGCAACAGUUAACGGCUCAGGCUAACACCUGGACGCUGUACUUUAGGGGUUCCUGCCUGUGGGCCGAAAGCCUGAACUUAAGCUUUGGUUCAGAGUUUAAGGCUUCAUUUGUCAGGACCGCAACACUACAACACAAUCCAUCAAUGACGUAGCAGCUACCUCUUUAUCCCAGCUCAUAUUCAUAUUUCUGUUAAUACUCAUUUUGUUUUAGUACAAGUGAAAUAAAGCUCAGAUUGAGAACAUGA